UCAGAAAAAAAAAAACUCAGAUCUCGAAUAAUGGCUACGCCGGAGUUUCAUCUCAGCGACCGUAAACCUCUACAGCCAAGGAAUACAGCCGCCGCCAAUGCCAAUUUCAUGGUGGUGCUGAAAGAAGGCUCGAAGAAUAAGCAAGUGAACUCGAAGCCCAAACAAGAGCACUGUCUGGACGAUGUUUCGAACAAGGAGAACCUGAACCAUCAUCACUCCACGCCCGCGGGUACGAAGAAGAAUCAGACGAUGGAGGAGAAGGAAGCGUUGGAUUUGGAUUACUCGUUGGCGGAGGAGCUCAGCGCCAUAAGGAAGAGGAUGGAGCGGCUGAGAUCGGAUAAGGAGAAGACGGAGAAGAUGUUGAGAGAGAAGGACGCCGUGCUCGAUUCGCAGAUGAAGGAUAUGGAAGAAAGAGGACGGUUCCAGGAACAGCUGGAGAUGGAGGUGGAUAGGUUGUUCAGAUUAAAGGAGUUCAAAUCCUAUUGCAUGAGGAUUUCCCCGAUAAAGUCAUUGAGGGAGAGGCAGCAGGGCGGUAGUAGGAAGAAGAAUGAAGUUCAAUUGCUGGGUGCAGAUUGGGAGGAAGAAUCCAUGGAUGACAACACAUUGCAGAGCCCAACUCCAUCAGAUUCUUCUGAAUUUGUUGGAGACUAUAAUAAUGGUGAUUUUCAAACCAAAGAUACCUCAACUGUAUGA